GAGCUGGGAAGGGAGCGCUUCCCCGGACUGGGCUCGGCUCUGAGGCUCCGAAGCCGACGCCGACAGCUCAGCCCUUGGGGGCGAGAGCAGGACUGUCCCCACAGCCCGCACCUAGGAACUGCUGAGCCCUGAACGCCUCAUGGGACGCCUCCGGAGGCUGUCUCCGCACCCUGCUGCCGCGUCCCUGUCCUAGGCGCCCGGGCUCCACGGCCCGCCCCGCCCGCAGCCCGCGGCCUGUUUGGAAAGGAGUAUGAGGCCCGGGGCCCCGCGGACGCCAGCCACAGGGCGGCAGGGGCCUAGCUGCGGAGCCCCGCGCCCGAGGGCGACGGGUAAGAAGCCGCGGGAGCCGGCGAGGCGUCGGGGCGCGCAGAGGAGCGCCCCAGCCCUGGCGCCCGCUGGGCCGCUGGACUCGUGCGUGGCCUGAGCGCUGGGGAGGAGGCGGAGGCGCCCUCCGUCCGGGUUCUGGGAGAGACGGCGAGGGGCUCCACGGCGGCCCCCGACUCCUGGCCACCAUCCUCACGCUCCUGCUCCCGCGGGGGGGAUGUCGCGGCCCGGGCCCCGAGCGCCUCCUCGGCCCCGGGGCUGAGCUCCGGACCAUGUCCUCCCGCAGCCCCCGGCCCCCUCCCCGCCGCUGCCGCCGCCGCCUGCCGCGCCCCUCCUGCUGUUGCUGCUGCUGCCGCCGCUCGCACCUCAACGAGGACACCGGCCGCUUCGUGCUGCUGGCGGCGCUCAUCGGCCUCUAUCUGGUGGCGGGUGCCACAGUCUUCUCCGCGCUCGAGAGCCCGGGCGAGGCGGAGGCGCGGGCGCGCUGGGGAGCCACGCUGCGCAACUUCAGCGCGGCGCACGGCGUGGCCGAGCCGGAGCUGCGCGCCUUCCUCCGGCACUACGAGGCUGCGCUGGCGGCCGGCGUCCGUGCCGACGCGCUGCGCCCGCGCUGGGACUUCCCGGGCGCCUUCUACUUCGUGGGCACCGUGGUCUCAACCAUAGGUUUUGGCAUGACCACCCCCGCGACGGUGGGCGGGAAGGCCUUCCUCAUCGCCUACGGGCUGUUCGGCUGCGCGGGGACCAUACUGUUCUUCAACCUCUUCCUGGAGCGCAUCAUCUCGCUUCUGGCCUUCAUCAUGCGCGCCUGCAGGGAGCGCCAGCUGCGCCGCAGCGGCCUGCUGCCCGCCACCUUCCGCCGCGGCUCGGCGCUAUCGGACGCCGACAGCCUGGCGGGCUGGAAGCCCUCUGUGUACCACGUGUUGCUGAUCCUGGGCCUGUUCGCCGUGCUGCUGUCGUGCUGCGCCUCGGCCAUGUACACCAGCGUGGAGGGCUGGGACUACGUGGACUCGCUCUACUUCUGCUUUGUCACCUUCAGCACCAUCGGCUUCGGGGACCUGGUGAGCAGCCAGCACGCCGCCUACCGGAACCAGGGGCUCUACCGCCUGGGCAACUUCCUCUUCAUCCUGCUCGGCGUGUGCUGCAUCUACUCGCUCUUCAACGUCAUCUCCAUCCUCAUCAAGCAGGUGCUCAACUGGAUGCUGCGCAAGCUGAGCUGCCGCUGCUGCGCGCGCUGCUGCCCGGCACCGGGCGCGCCCCUGGCCCGGCGCAACGCCAUCACCCCGGGCUCCCGGCUGCGCCGCCGCCUGGCCGCGCUGGGCGCCGACCCAGGGGCCCGCGACAGCGACGCCGAGGGCCGCCGCCUGUCCGGCGAGCUCAUCUCCAUGCGCGACCUCACCGCCUCCAACAAGGUGUCGCUGGCGCUGCUGCAGAAGCAGCUGUCCGAGACGGCCAACGGCUACCCGCGCAGCGUGUGCGUCAACACGCGCCAGAACGGCUUCUCGGGCGGCGUGGGCGCGCUGGGCAUCAUGAACAACCGGCUGGCCGAGACCAGUGCCUCCAGGUAGACCGCCCGCCCGCGCGCAGGGACCCUCGCCAGGCCGCCAGGCCGCCGGGCGUGGUUUGCUUCACUUCUCUCAGACGCUGGAGCUUUCUUAAUCUUUAUCCAAUAAAAUGAAACAAAAAAAAAAAGUUUUUUUAAAGAAA